CCACCCUUGCUAACCCCCCUUCUCCCAGCCCUUUUCCAUUUGUGGUGGUUGUGCUCGGCUGAGAAGCUGCCCUCUUCUCUGCCGCCUGCACACUUCCCGGUCUGGGUGCAGUCACUGGGCCUGGUAGUCCCUUAUUUCUCACCAGCGUCGGUCCUGGUACAGAACAAAGAAACUUGGGUGUCUAACGUGCUCCACACCCUUGGGGAAUAGACAAGGAAGCGGCGUUUGUCAUGGGCCUUGAUACGUGAAAAGCUGAGUUCCUGCAUGGACACUAUCUUUUACUUAAAUAGCUGGCACAAGUGCCGUGGGUUUCCCUGGUGCACCCGAUGCCACGGAUGAUCUGCUAGACCAGCGCAUAUUAAAUCAGAAAUUUAUUUGCAUCUAUUACGUCGAUUUGAAACUUCCCCUUGGUCUGCUGCGCUCUGGCAAGCUCUUUGAGAGCACGGCUUUAGUCAUCCAGGCUGCAUGAGGAAAUCCCCAUUUUCAUCUUGGUUGAAUUGACCACCACAGCUCACUGAGGUCAGCUACCGUUUUGAAUUUAUCUGUAUCACCACCACUGAUAACUGGCAUAAGUCGUGAUGUACCACCGCUACCGCAAGAUUUUGGCACUCUCGAUUAUCGGGAGUUUGUAGUUGACAUUGAGUCCAGACUGAGGAUGGAAGGUGUAGAACUUAAGGAAGAAUGGCAAGAUGAAGAUUUUCCAAUACCUUUACCAGAAGAUGAUAGUAUUGAAGCAGAUAUAUUAGCUGUAACUGGACCAGAGAGUCAGCCUGGCUCACUAGAAGUUAAUGGCAAUAAAGUGAGAAAGAAACUAAUGGCUCCUGACAUUAGCCUAACUCUGGAUCCUAGUGAUGGCUCUGUGCUGUCAGACGAUUUGGAUGAAAGUGGGGAGAUUGACCUAGAUGACUUAGAUACGCCAUCAGAGGACAGUAAUGAAUUUGAGUGGGAAGAUGAUCUUCCAAAACCCAAGACUACUGAAAUUAUUAGGAAAGGCUCAAUUACUGAAUAUACAGCAGCGGAGGAGAAAGACGAUGGACGACGCUGGCGUAUGUUCAGAAUCGGAGAACAGGACCACAGGGUUGAUAUGAAAGCAAUUGAACCCUAUAAGAAAGUUAUCAGCCAUGGAGGGUAUUAUGGAGAUGGAUUAAAUGCCAUUGUUGUGUUUGCUGUCUGUUUUAUGCCUGAAAGUGGUCAACCUAACUAUAGAUACCUGAUGGACAAUCUCUUUAAGUAUGUUAUUGGCACUUUGGAGCUAUUAGUAGCGGAAAACUACAUGAUAGUAUAUUUAAAUGGUGCAACAACUCGAAGAAAAAUGCCCAGUCUGGGAUGGCUCAGGAAAUGCUAUCAACAAAUUGAUAGAAGGUUACGGAAAAACCUAAAAUCUCUAAUCAUUGUACAUCCCUCUUGGUUUAUAAGAACACUUCUGGCUAUUACAAGACCAUUUAUUAGCUCAAAAUUCAGCCAAAAAAUUAGAUACGUCUUUAAUUUGGCAGAACUAGCAGAGCUUGUCCCCAUGGAAUAUGUUGGAAUACCAGAAUGCAUAAAACAGUAUGAAGAAGAAAAGUUAAAAAAGAAAAAGAAAAGAGUUGAUCAAGAGCUUAAUGGAAAACAAGAUGAACCGAAAAAUGAACAAAGAGAAUCUUCUUUACUCUUUGUCCUCCCCACUCAUAAACUUGACACGCUAACGCAAGUCCUGUUUUGGGAGAGGCUAGAGGAUCCCCAGGAUGAGACUCUUCCCUCAGCAGCCUUCUGACUUGACUUGGAUCCAGCAACUGUAGGCAGAUCCUGAACUAUUGUCAUUACAGUGACUAAAACCAAAACCGUAUUGCUUGCUCAGAUCUUCGAAAUACUUUGUGUUGCCAAUGCAAACAAUUUAGGCAUUCCUUCUGAAUUUAUUAUGAGACUUAUGAAUAAAGGAUCAUACUGAAUUUAUUUUUGAUUAGAGUGUAUAUUUGUAGAGUGCUUUAAGUGAUUAUUUUUUUCAUCUGAAAAGUAGUCUCAAACUGGGCUGAGCUUUUUAAUAUGUGACUUUCCUCCCCACUUAGUACCCAAUUCUUCAGUUUCAACAUGUUACUGUUUAUUGACUUUUGCUUUCACAAGCAUUGUUCCUGACUAUAGAUACAACUUGUUGCAAAAGUGGUGCAUAUUCCUACUUUUUUUUUUUGAAGUAGAGGUAGCCUACAUUCUAUUAGAACAUUAAAAUUCAGAGGGAAUGUGAUACAAGCACAGGGGUGUGCUAUCAAUCAUUAGAUUUAAAAGAAUGCCUGUUCUAACCUAUACCUUAAUGGAAUCUGGUCCAGGGACAUGCCCCAUAAUGUUUCAUAACUAUGAGACUGAAGAUCAUAAGAAAGGCUAGAGGAAAAGUAUUUAUUAAAUUUGUUAUUUAUAAAUUGUAAUGUGAUUAUAUGACAUUAGUAGUUAUGUGACAUUUUCCCUGUAUCAUUCAAUUUUAAUUUUCCAUUACUAAGGUAAAUAGAUAUAAUUGUGUUUUAUCUUUCUGCUGGGAUCAUGGAUUUAACUUGUUUAAUUUGAUGCUUCUGUCACUAUUUUUUGUUGUGUUUGAGUUCAGAGUGUCUUUUUUUUGUCAAAAGUUUCUCAUAAAGUAAUUUGUGUUUCUUCUUGGACAUACUCCUUAUUAGCACCAAGGGUAGUCAAUAUAUUGAUCCCACAAUUUAAGCUUACUAGUCUUUUUAACUGGGGGUGGGAGAAUAUGUAAAGAAACAUGAUUCUAAGUAGGGCCUAGGGAUAAAGUUAGUUGUUAUCUAAGAUUCCACUGAAUGUGUCCUUGUUAAGGGAAGUACUAUAUAUGGCAGCUGUUGGUACCGUUUUUUGUAUCAAGCAGGAAUUUACAGAAUAUUGCAGGCUGCAUACAGACUACAUGAAUAAGGAGUCUAUGGAGUGAAGGGUGUGAAGGCUGGUAAUACCUCCAAUGAGAAUGCAUAUUUCCUUCUGCUUUCUUUGUCUUUUCACACAGAAGCAAGUUUAAAUAGGGAAUGUUGGCAAUUACAAUGCUCAGAUUAAAAUGUAGGGUUUGGGAGAGGUUACUUUUGACAUUUCAUGGCUGGUAAACAUUUAAUGUAUUGUUCCAAAAUGGACAUCAUUAUUUAGUAAUUAUACUGAAUAUUGAAAUUUGUUGAUUGAUAGGUUUAUAUAGGUAGCUAGACUGUCUUUCAGCUUCAAUUACAGAACUUAAAAAGGUAAGGAAUCCACUUUUUUAAUAGAGCCUUCUUGUAAAUGACUCUGUUACUCUGGCUGUUGUCAUGUGAGUGCUCAGGGAAUUUGAAAGUGUUUGAAUUAAUACAGAAGUGGCUUUUUAGAUUUCUUCAGUUGACAGAUAAAUUAGCAUUAGGAUUAUCAAGUAGAACAGUCCAGCUUCCUAAUGAGAUUGGAAAGGUGGUAUAUAAGGUGACCGUAGUUUCAUCCUUUGCCCCAUGUUAUAUGUGGAGAACUGCUAACAUUGGUCAAUCAGGAG